CUCUUGUCAAGUGCUGAGGAAACACAUUUGUCUUGAGAUGUUUUCAUGACACACGUCCUAACAGAGUUUUUAAUGUUCACAGACUCCAGACGGGACGUCUUUAUUCAUUCACACUUGAUGUGAUGCAUCUCACUUGUGUUUAGACGUGUUGUUCAGAGAUGAAGUUCAUCUGUGUGAUUUUAAUCAUUAUUACUGGAAUUACACAAUCAGCUGUAGGCAGUGUUCCAGUCAUCACUGUAGAUGGGUUUGAUGGUUCUGGUGGUCUUCGUCUACAGUGUGAAUCUAAAGGCUGGAACCCUGAACCUGAUCUUGUGUGGCUGAACAGUGAAGGAGUCACUUUAACAUCUGAAUCUCCAGACACACACAGAGAUGACACAGAUGGAUUCAGUGUGAAACACAAGAUCACUGUAUAUAACACUGACACUAAAUAUCACUGCAGAGUCAGAAUGAAUCAUCACAUGAUGGAGGCUGAGAUCAUCCCAUCCAGUAAAAUGUUUCACUCUUGGAGAUCUUCAGUGAUUCUGAUAUCAGUUGCUGUUGUUCUCAGUGUGAUCGCUGGAAUACUGAUCACUGUGUUUCACUGGAAACAGAGAGAACUACAGAAUGAAGACCAGAGAAUCCAGAGAGAGAAACAGAGAGAGAAACAGAGAAUAGAGAUUGAAGACCAGAGAAUACAGAAUGAGCGUGAGACACUUACACAGAGAGAGAAGAGGACUGUAGAAAGUGUGACUUCACUGUUAAGAAACUCUUCAGUGAAUGUGACUCUGGAUGCUGAUUCAGCUCAUCCUCGUCUCAUUGUGUCUGAUGAUGGGAAACAAGUGAGAUAUGAAGACAAACAACAUGAAGGAGUGAAGAAUGAAGAUACAGGACACAAUAACAAGUUUGAUACACGUUACUGUGUUGUUGGAAAUGAAGGAUUCUCUUCAGGGUGUUUUUAUUAUGAGGUUCAGGUGAAGGGGGCAGAUUGGUGGUGUGUGGGUGUAACCAGAGAAUCUGCUCAGAGGAAGACACUGUUUAGUCUGAAUCCUCAGGAUGGAUACUGGACUGUGUGUUUGAGAUAUGGACAGUAUUAUGCUGGUGAGAAACUUGUAGGUCUUUCUCUGAGUGUGAAUCCUGAGAGGAUCGGGGUGUUUGUGGAUUAUGAGAAGGGUCGAGUCUCAUUUUAUGAUAUGAAGUCCAUGUGUCAUAUUUACUCUUUUACUGAUCAAUCUUUCACUAAGGAACUAUAUCCUGUUUUAUCUUUGGGUUAUGAAUCAUAUAACAGCACUGGUCCACUCAUCAUCUGUAGUGAUCUCUCAUGAGAUCUGAUAAACAUCUGAUCUGAAUAUAAAGUGAGGAGAGAAUAACAGACAGAGAACAGAAUAAACACUUUCAUGAACAACAGGAUCUUGUGAUUAUAAAUUCAGUUUCAGGAUUAAAAAUGAGGAAAUAUAAA